AUGUCAGCUGGUUCCGCGAGCUCCAGCGUGUACAGUCGGUCGACCGAUUCCGUCAAGAUCCAUGGUCCUCCAGUUCACAGGCGAACCGGAUCGAACGUCCCUCCAGAGCCAGACUGCCCUCACAUCACGGCAGCUGACCACCAUAUUGGGGAUGCCCGCGGUUUUAGCACGGCCUUGGAAUCCACUGCCAGCCGGUUGCAGAUCGCCAAAAAAGACCGGCCAAGCACGGAUCAUGAGUGGCAGAUAUCUCUCUUGGAUGAACUCACAGGCAUUCGGUGGGAAAACGAAUUCUACGGUGCAUGUUCUGAUCUUUAUGAUGAACUGGUGCUGGCCGUUACGCAGGCGUCUCGAGAGCUGCUGUCACAAUCCCAGUCAUACUUGCGGGACUACUUGUCCGAGCAAGAUUCUGGGACAGUGAACCGCGGCUUUCUCUUACAGGGGGCCAGGAAAUUGAAUACAGCACUGCAGAAUAGCCAGGCUUGUCAAGCGGCGGCACUACAGAGCUGGAUAGACAAGUGGGAACAGGCACCAGGCGCCCGAAAAUCCGUGCGAUGGCUAUAG